GCAGCUCAAACCUGGUCGCGUUCCUGCCCGCACUCCGUAUUCACUCCCGUCACCUCAUACAUCAGCCACACGCACCGUGUCCUCUUCUCUUCUGCAUAAAUAGCAGGUCGCCCAGCCCUCCAAGCCCUUCAUCACCCUUCGACAAACACCCGUACCCCGCUCGUAAACACACAACACCUCCGUUGCAGCUUCCGGGAACGCCGCCAAUAUGACGCUCUACUACAGUCUCGUCUUCCUUCUCCUGGUGACGGAGAUGCUCAUCUUCCUCGCCCUCAUCGUCCCUCUCCCGUUCACAUGGCGCCGAAAGCUUUUUACCUUCAUCUCCGAGAGCCCCAUCAUCGCGAAGUUGCAAUAUGGCAUGAAGAUUACCUUCAUCUUCAUUCUCAUCCUCUUCAUCGACAGCGUCAAUCGUGUCUACCGCGUCCAGGUUGAGCUCGCUGCCUUCGCCAAGAACGACGGCCGUGGCGGACCCGUUGCCAUGGGCGGAUCCGAACGUAUGGAGGUCCAGGCGCGCAAGUUCUACUCCCAGCGCAACAUGUACCUCUGCGGUUUCACCCUCUUUCUGUCGCUCAUUCUCAACCGAACCUACGUCAUGAUCCUCGAUGUGCUCCGUCUCGAAGAGCAGGUCAAGCAGAUGAAGGGCGACCCUGCCGUUAAGAGCGGAAAGUCUCUCCAGGAAGCCGGCAACGUCGGCGAGAUUGGCGCUCUCAAGGAGGAGUUGGCGAAGAAGGACCGCGACAUGGAGAACCUAAAGAAGCAGGUUGAGAACAUGCAGAACGAGUACAACCGCAUGGGCGACCAGGUCUCAGGCUCAGGCGCUGCCCCCCGCAAGGGUCAGUAGAGCAUGACCACGCCUUUGGCAGACACAACCACAGACUAUGCAAGUGAGUUGCUGACGAGAUGAAUGAAGCUCGCACACCGCCAGCCAUCUCUACUUGGAUGACGGUCACUAAGAACCGAGAUUGGGGAUGCACUGCUAACGGCAGGAGAAGGCCGUGUUGAAACGAUUAUGAUUGUAUCACUGUUCUUGGAACAUCUUUAUGGCAUGGCACGGAGCUUGGAUUAGAAAAAUAUAUUUUGAGAGGAAUUGAGCGUCGAGAAC